AUGGCUCCACCACCAAAACCACCGCCGCCGCCCGACUCCCUCUCCACCAAGGCCGAGGCUCGCGUCGCCGGCGCAUCACCUUCCUCCUCCUCUACCCAAAGCUCUCUCAUCUCCCAACUCUACCCACAACUAGCUUCAAUGUCCUUUGCUGAUACAAUCUCCGACGUUUCUCCAUUUAUUCCCAUCACUUUGGAUCUUCCCUCCCAUAACUACUACCAUUGGCACCACCUCCUCGAAGUUCACCUCGGGCGGUGCAAUCUUCUAGACCACGUCGCCCCCGACAGCUAUUCUUGCCCUGCCGAUCCUCGUUGGGCAAAUGACAACCUCGCGAUCAUCCAAUGGAUCUACACGCGCAUCUCCACCGAGAUCUUCAACCUCUUCUUCCGUGACGCCUCCUCCUCCGCCGCGUUAUGGUCGUCUCUUCGUCAGCUUUUUCAAGACAAUGUCGACGCUCGCGUCAACAACCUCCAACCCGAGCUUUGCAACACCGUUCAGGGUGAUUCUUCGGUCGGCGUCUACUAUCAGCGGCUCAAGUCCAUCGCCGACGAACUUCGCUAG